AGUAAGCUGUACAGCCUGCCAGCCAGCCACGCUAGUCGAGUGUACGAGCUGCUGAUCGGACACCUGCAGCUGCACUACAAGAGCAAGUACAGCUCCGCUGUGGCCUGCAGCAUACGACUACAGGUGUUUGACUUCCUCCUGAUGAUGAGAACUGACUCCCUCCAUCGUCUGGGGUUCCUCAGUAAAGACGGGGUUCUGAGGUUCAGUCCGUACUGCCACUGUGACAUGGGGGAGCCAGAGAAACGAGGGAGUGAGAAGAAGCCUGCAGGCUCAGUGUCUCCCCCUGCUGGCAGUCCUGCCCCCUCCUCCUCCUCCACCACCACUACUCCCUCCUCCUCCUCCACCACCACUACUCCCUCCUCCUCCAUCCGUACAGCCUGCCUGCCCUACUCACCUGCCUUUAAUGUGCUGCUACAGUGCCUGAAGAUG